GGAGCGGCGAAGAGGGAGGAAGACAGGACCAUGUCGAAGGGCCCCGGGCCUGGCGGCUCCGCGGCUUCCUCGGCGCCCCCGGCCGCCACCGCCCAGGUGCUGCAGGCGCAGCCCGAGAAACCGCAGCACUACACGUACCUAAAGGAGUUUCGCACAGAACAGUGCCCGCUCUUUGUGCAACACAAAUGUACCCAGCACCGGCCCUACACCUGCUUCCAUUGGCACUUUGUUAACCAGCGUCGCCGUAGGUCCAUCCGCCGCCGAGAUGGCACCUUCAACUAUAGCCCUGAUAUCUACUGCACCAAGUAUGAUGAGACCACAGGCCUCUGCCCAGAGGGAGACGAGUGCCCAUUCCUGCACAGAACCACAGGGGACACCGAGCGACGGUACCAUUUACGCUACUACAAAACUGGAAUCUGCAUCCAUGAGACUGAUUCUAAAGGAAAUUGCACCAAAAAUGGCCUGCAUUGCGCCUUUGCUCAUGGGCCCCAUGACCUCCGCUCUCCUGUCUAUGACAUCAGGGAGCUCCAGGCAAUGGAGGCCUUACAGAAUGGUCAGACUGCAUCUGAGGGAAGUAUCGAGGGUCAGUCGGCUGUGGCCGCAAGCCACGCCAUGAUAGAGAAAAUCCUCAGUGAGGAGCCACGGUGGCAAGACACAACCUAUGUCUUAGGGAAUUACAAGACUGAGCAGUGCAAGAAGCCUCCUCGGCUCUGUCGCCAGGGAUACGCCUGCCCGUACUACCAUAACAGCAAAGACAGACGGCGGAGCCCCAGGAAACAUAAAUACAGGUCCUCCCCUUGCCCAAGUGUGAAACACGGGGAUGAGUGGGGCGACCCUGGCAAAUGUGAAAAUGGAGAUGCCUGCCAGUACUGUCAUACUCGAACGGAGCAACAGUUCCACCCGGAGAUCUACAAGUCCACCAAGUGUAACGACAUGCAGCAGUCGGGCAGCUGUCCCCGAGGUCCUUUCUGCGCCUUUGCCCAUGUUGAACAGCCCCCCCUUGGUGAUGACUUUCAGUCUUCUUCUGCUGUGCCCAGUCCCACACAGGCUGGCACCGUGAUGUACAUGCCAUCAGCAGCAGGGGACUCGGUGCCCGUGAGCCCCUCCAGCCCUCAUGCCCCAGACCUUAGUAAUAUACUUUGUAGGAACAGCAGUUUGGGUAGCCCGUCUAACCUCUGUGGCUCUCCCCCCGGUACUGUCCGAAAGCCACAGAACCUAGAAAGUAUCAGCUUCCCUGGGGAGGCAAGCCCAGCACCUGGUAGCUACAAGAAGGCACCUGGCUUUGAGAGGGAGGACCAAGUUGGAGCUGAAUAUCUGAAAAGCUUCAAAUGCCAGGCCAAAAUAAAGCCCCACUCUCUGGAGCAUAGGAGCCAGGAGCAGCCUCUGAUGCAGCCCAAACAGGACAUACUGGGCAUCCUCCCAGUGGGCAGCCCCCUGACUUCCAGCAUCUCUUCUAGCAUCACUUCCAGCUUGGCCGCCACGCCCCCCAGCCCUGCAGGCCCCAGCAGCAUCCCUGGCAUGAAUGCAAAUGCCCUGCCCUUCUACCCUACUAGCGACACAGUGGAAUCGGUCAUAGAGUCUGCCCUUGAUGACUUGGACCUGAAUGAGUUUGGAGUAGCUGCCCUGGAAAAGUCAUUCGACAGCAGCACAGUGCCUCACCCAGGUGGCAGUUUGUUACAGAGCUCUGCCCCUGUGAACAUCCCUGGCUCUCUAGGCAGCUCGGCUUCCUUUCAUUCUGCCUCCCCGUCCCCUCCCGUCAGCCUUUCCUCACACUUCCUCCAGCAGUCCCAGGGCCACCUGAGCCAAUCAGAAAACACUUUCCUGGGGACAUCAGCAUCACACGGAUCAUUAGCAGGUUUAAAUGGAAUGAACAGCAGUAUCUGGGAGCACUUUGCCUCUGGGAACUUCUCCCCAGGCACAUCGCCAGCAUUUCUGUCAGGCCCAGGGGCUGCUGAGCUGGCCAGACUCCGACAAGAGCUGGAUGAGGCCAACGGUACCAUCAAGCAGUGGGAGGAGUCAUGGAAGCAGGCCAAGCAGGCCUGUGAUGCCUGGAAGAAAGAGGCCGAGGAGGCCAGUGAGCGAGCUAGUGCUGCUGGCAUGGAAUGUGAGCUGGCCCGGGAACAGCGGGAUGCCCUGGAGGUGCAGGUGAAGAAACUUCAAGAAGAGCUGGAGAGACUGCACUCUGGGCAGGACCCCCAGACCCUGUGCUCCUUCUCCGACCUCGAGGCCCUCUCGCUCUCCACCUUGUACUCCCUGCAGAAGCAGCUCAGGGCCAACCUGGAGAGAGUGGAAAAGGUGGUAUUCCAGAUGCAGUCACCUGCAAAGUGUCUCAAGUGUCAAGAGCAGCAUCGGGUGGUGCUACAGUGCCAACACACCGUGCUUUGUGAGCUGUGUGCAGAGGACAGCGAGUGCCCGGUCUGCCACCCGAGUUGUGCCCGCCCUCCCCUCCAGUCAUGACCCCCCGGGCCAGAUUACAGCACAUAGAACUUUUUAAAGUACAUAUAUAUACGUGUGUGUAUGUGUACAUACACACACAGGCACACACACACAUAUAUAUGUGUGUGUAUGCGUGUGUGCGAGGACAGAUGUGUGAAGGGUGUCUGUGUGUAUAUCUGUAUGUAGAUAUAGACACACACUUAAAACAGAGCUGAGUUACCAAGCACUUUUAAAAAAAGAUUUUGCAGCCCUAUCCUUGCCCACUCCCCUCCCUUCCCUGCUUCAGAAACAAAUCUGUCCCCUCACCCCAGCCCCAGGCCCCUGUGGCAGAGUCUCUUUAUGUCUCUUUUUUAAAUUUAGGAAAUAACUUUUUUAAAAUCUUUAUUGGAACAGAAAAAAAACAGAUGGGAAAAUUGAGGGGGGCUCUUAUUUGGAGGAAUGAGGUCUAGGCCCCGGGGAAGCAGAAGCCCUGAAGAAGUGGUCCUAUCCCCAUGCCCCCUUGACCUGAGGGACCAUAGAUGCCAAUCCUGGUACCAUGACCUUUUUAAAUUAGGAAACCCUUGGAAUCCUGAGGGGAUUCUGAGUUGUUGGGGUGGGGGUGGGGGCGGGAUGAGGCUGAGAAACCUCCACUAAAGGGUAUUGUAUUUUUUAAAAAGCCAAUUUGCAUUCUAAUCAGCUGAAGAGCUGGCUGGCCUCCCACCUACAAACCCUGGGUGGGUUGCCCAGAACUCAGAAGUAUCUCAGUAUUCCCUUGUUCUGGCAGAAGGUUAAGAAACUUUUGCCUCUCACUAAAUGUUAGAAAUUAAGAGGGUGUCAGGGGAGAGAAAGCCUGCUGCCCUGAAUGGCUCCUUCCCUGUGUGUUGUUGAAGGAUCAGGGGUGGAGAAUGUAGCAGAAUUAGGGUCAGCGGUGCUGUCUUCUGUAAUCUUCCCUCCUCACUAGCACCUUUCUUGGGGCCCUUCUCAGCCCAGGGCCUUCACAAGUUCUAAUCCAUGUACAGGCCGCCAGUAAUGUAGUAACCAGGAAUUGGGGACACCCGUACCAACACAGCAUCCCCAAAAUCGGGGCCCCCUUCCAGAAAACCACAUUGACAAGUGUCCAGUGGGCACAGGUGUAGGAGUGCUUGUGUGAGAGCCUACACUCACACUUAGGUGUAAAUUUGUGGGUCUUCACGUGUGUGGUGUUGGCAGGGUGUUAACAAACUUUGGCUAGGCCUUUGUUCGGGCUCCAGCUCUGUAUUUUUUUGCAUUCUGGUGGCAUGGGGUGGAUUGGGGACUGGCCCAGGAAACUUGUCCCUAAGAUUGCUACCCAGGCUGGUACUGAUCUUUCUGUGCCCCCCAGCUUUGCCUUCUGUUGCCCCUUCAUACGCUCCACCCUCCUCCCAGGCCUCAGGCAGCUACUUGGGGAAACCCCCGAACUGGAGGAGGGUGAACUGCCCUUGUGUGGCAUGAGCUGAGGACCAAGGGCAGCCGGAGCACACAGCCGCGGUGCUCUGCUUUCCCCGCCAGGAAGGGGGUGAAGAUGCAUUCCCAGGUGCUUUCCAAGUGCAGCUGUUUUUCAGUCACUGUUUUCAGUGAGGAUGUGUGUGCAUGUGUGUGUGUGUGCGCGUGUGUGUCUAAUGUAUAUUAUUGUCUUAGCUUCCAUUUUAAAAAUUCUUUUGUACAGAGAGAUACUGGGGCUUGGGGUGGGGGGAGAUGGUUGAAGAUGGUGGCAACCCUGGCAUAGCAGCUGGGUGUCUGUACCAUGUGGUGGGGGUGGAGGAAGAGCGCUGAACCAAGCGCUCCUCUCUUCCUCUUCAAGCCCCCAUGGGCUCAACAAGAAAAGGGCUUUUGAUGAAAUAGAUGAAAUUUUUCUCUUUUUUUAAAAAGAUACUGAAACAAACAAAAAAAAACCCUCCCAGCCAUUGGAAAUAAAGUAUGAAAUUGAAGUUAUAGU